AUGUCUAACCCUAGAGAUUCCAAGCUGUCUCUCAAAGUCACGAUCAACAAACAGAAAUCAAAAGUCCUAUUUGCCCAAGCCAACAACGAUUUUGUCGACGUUUUGCUAAGCUUUCUAACUCUGCCAUUGGGAAAAAUCGUCAGAAUUCUACAACACCACAAAAAAGAAUCGAUACACGCCAUUAAUGGAAGCUUCAUCACUCUCUACGAAGGUCUGCAUCAUCUCGAUAGCACCCAUUUCUCUUUGAAAGGAGCGAAGGAGAUGUUUCUCAAUCCAAGAAAUCCCUUCGAAGCUGAAUGCAGUAACCUAAUUCUUGAUAUUACCGAUAGCGAAACUACCAAAUUCUUUGUCUGUGGAAACAAUUACUGCGGUCGAUUUUCAGUGGCUAACAUAAGCAUGUAUUCUGGUAUAGCUGAAUGCAGUGUUUGUGGAUCAUUAUUGAAUAAACAAACAUCUGCGUUUGAAAUAUCAGUAGCUCGUGAUGCAAAUCUUGGUGUUUUUACGAAGAAUUCUUCGUCUUUCCUAAUCUCCGAUGAUCUUCGCGUCGUCCCCGUUGAGCCCGGAUUCCUGCAAACACCGGCGGUGGCCGGAGUUAUGCGAGUUCUCGAAAAUGUCGGCGUCGCAGACACUCAAGGGGCGGAAUCGAGGAUUUUGAGCAUCGGCAUCGAUGAUAUAAUGGAUUUGUUAAGGCUCUCUCUAGUUUCUGCAACCCCUCUUACGGAUCUGAUAAUCAAGAACGGUCAGAAGGCGGUUUCCGCCGCGGCAAAACCCGAGCCGCCGCUCCGUAUCGUUAAAGAAGCAGUUUCCGGCAGCUCCAAGAAGGUGACUUUGAAGGCCUCAUUGCAGAGAUCGACCAACAGAUUUUUGUUUGCCGAAGCUACCGAUGAUUUUUUGGAGCUACUGUUUAGUUUCCUCACCAUUCCUCUCGGAGGCGUCGAGUUCCUCUUGGGCGGCAAAGCUUGUUUGAAUAACAUCGAUAAUCUAUACAAGAGCGUGACAGAUUUCAUCAAAGUCGAAAAUUUUAAAACUCCACAUACCAAAAAUAGGCUUAUGAAUCCGAAACUAGCUCAUGGGUAUAUUUCCCAUAAUCAGUUUCUACCUCUCACCGAAGAAGAAUCUCCUGUUUUGCGCCGCCGACAGCAUCAGUCUCCCUCGCCGGCGAAUGUGAUUCGAUCGUUCAAUUGGGGCCGGCGGCGGCGGGGUUAUGUCAAGAAACCGACGGUUUGUUUCGUUACCGACGAUCUAACCGUCACUCCUAGUUUAGCAUCAACCUUUUCGAUUCUCAAUGGUUUAGGAAUCGCGUUGUCGGAUGUGAAAGAAAUGGAGCUGCACAUUGGAUUGGAAGAGGCGUUGAGUAUACUCAAAGCUUCUCUUACAUCAAAGACUGCUCUAACUGAUGCGCUCAUCAAUCCCAUGCUAUACAAAGCACCAAAACUGGAGAAAUAG